AUGAACGAGGCCAUCACGAGCCAAAAGUACGCUUUCGCGGCUCAAUGCAUUUUGAUGCUCGCGAUUCCGAUGCCAAAAGUCAGCAUGUGUCUCUCCUAUCUGAGGAUCUUUUACUCGGACAUACCCGGCCGGCGCCUGAUUUACGGUUUGCUUGUUCUGCUGGCGUUAACGAUGGUACCCACGGUAAUUGAGAACUUCUUCACGUGCAGACCAUUGAGCCUCUAUUGGAACGAGUUUAGGCCAGCUGGCAAGUGCUUGAAAGACUUGCCUAUGCUCUACAUUCACGGGAGCUUGAAUCUUUUUAUCGACAUUGCAUUGAUGAGCAUUCUCAUUCCACGUAUUCUGAAGUUGAAGGUCACCAAACAGCAAAAGUGGGCGCUGGUCGGCAUAGUGCUUUUGGGGUCCCUCGCUGUGGUGGCAGGAAUCGUCCGGAUGGUAAAAGUCGGCACGAUAUUGAACAGACACAACAUUGACCCCCCGUGGGAUAUGUACGACGUGUCUAUAUGGACGUCGACCGAGAUAUACGUAACCCUAAUCUGCGCGGCGGCGCCAGGGAUAAAGCCUCUCAUCAGCAAGGUACUACCCAAGUUGUUGGGCACAACGCUCCGCAGCCGGACUGGAACGACCGGGGCGCAGACGAACCCAAUCGAGUUGACUUCGAAGAUGAAGCGAUCGACGCUUGGGUCGAGGCACUUAUCGGUGCUGAAGAGCAACAGUACAACCCAGCUGACUUCGGCUCACGGGCCAUACGCGGAGAUUUACAGUACUGGAAAGCAUGAUGAGGAAAGCUUGGACGGAAAGAGCGACGUGGACGAUGGAUCAGGUCGAUUGAAGGCAGAAGAUGGCAUUCUGCGGAACACGAGCGUGGUCAUCAGGUCGGAGAGGCGCGGGUAA